AUUCGACAUUGUCAACUGUCAAGCGUUUUGAGCGUUCCAUGUACUAUGCUUCCAUGUCAUGUGCAUGUCAUCAAUGAUCGGUUGCGGUUCCGUGUUCCUCAGUGUGCGUGUUCGUGUUCCUCCUGAAGGUCAAAAUCGAUUAUCAAAAUUCCAUAAUUUAUUUUGAAAAUGAUAAUAGAAGUAAGGAAAUGUUACCACAAUUUAAUUACUUUCAGUAUUACUAAUAAGGUGGUCUGAAGAAGGCGUUCCGAGUGCUAGAAAGUAGAAACCAGCUGUACCAAAAAUGAACAUAGAAAUAAACAGAUUGCAGACGUUCAAUGAAUGGCCAGCUCAUGCUGAGGUAAACCCCCAGAGAAUAGCAAAAGCAGGAUUCUUUGCUACAAAACAAGGUUUGGAAGUAGAGUGCUUUGCAUGCCAUUUGAAAAUAUCUGAAUGGAACUAUGGAGAUCAAGUAAUGGCGAGACAUGCUGCUUUGAGUUCUACAUGCCCUUUUGUAACUAAUCCAAUUACCUCAGGGAAUAUCCCGAUACUUUCCACCUUUAGUGUACCUACGAGCUCGUCUGAUCCUUACAGCGAGUCAGUGGAAGCAAGACUAGCAUCAUUCGAAAACUGGCCCUCAUCAAAUGUAGUGUCUCCUGAAAGUCUGGCAAAUGCUGGUUUCUUUUACUUGGGAGAUGGUGACAAUACAAAAUGUGCUUUCUGCAAAGGAGUAGUUCGGGCAUGGGAGCAAGGUGAUAAUCCAGAUCAUGAGCAUAAAAGACAUUUUCCCAAUUGUCCAUAUGUAACUAGUGUGAUCAACAAAAGAUGUGGACCUGUUGCAUUUUAUAAAAAACCUUUUACAAAUGCUCAACUUGUCCAGAAUGAUCAGAACUUGGAUGAACUGGGAAUACAGACUCAUAAAGGGCCAAAGAGGUCAGACUUUUCAACUGUAGAGUCAAGAUUACGUUCAUUUAUUGGUUGGUCUUCAGAAUUGAUUCAGACUCCUGAACUUUUAGCACAAGCUGGGUUUUAUUAUGAAGGUAUAAGGGAUCAAGUUAGAUGCUUUCAUUGUGAUGGAGGGCUAAAGCAUUGGGAUCCACAUGAUGAUCCUUGGACUGAACAUGCUAGAUGGUUUCCAACAUGUGCUUUUGUGAAGCUUGUUAAAGGCCAGGAUUAUGUGACUGCUUGUGCUAGAAAUACUGCUACUUUUAGUGAGAAGGCGCAGUUUGCGGUACUCCGUGCCGCCACGCGACCGAUCAUGGAUAAAAAGAGACCACUCACUGAACCAGAGCUGCAAGAGAUCGUCGACAAUUUCUCUGAUUUCGAUGAGGAUAUAGUAGACUUUGCAGAUGAAAGCAAAGGAGAAGAAGAAGUUAUUCAGUACAAUGUUUACGACAGCGAAUCUGAGCAAUCUGCCGUUGAGGACUCGGACUAUACACACGAAUUGGAGAAUCAAGGAGAUAAGUUCUUUUACAUUGGAAAGGACGAAGAGAAUGUUUGGAAAAGCACUCCUGUGAGUUUUACCAGUAAAACUAGGUCUAAAAAUAUAAUCAAGAUAUUACCAGGUUCAAAAGGAGCUGCGAAAAAACAAAAUUUUGCAAGAGAUAGAGAUUGCAAAAUAACUUCGUCCACGGAGAUCCAGGCAUUAGUCGGCGCGUUAUAUAUAAUUGCAGUAAAGAAAGGAAAUCGUAGUCACUCCAUCCAAAAGAUCCAAAGCACCCGCCGGAAAUAUCCUAUUACAGAACAAGAGGUGCAGGCUCAGUUAUCAAGCCCUCAAGCAAUGGCUGCACUGAACAUAGGCUUAACAUUAGAGACCGUCAAGCGUGCUAUUCGGGAGAAGUUAGAACAAACUGGCAUUGGAUAUUCGCAAGCGGACGCUUUGGUUGAAGCGGCCCUCAAUAUUCAACAUGAACAUGUUGCAGAACAUGACCAAGAUGCAUUAGAACCUAAUUUCCACGUAGACUGCGCCGUGCGGGAGGCUAUAGCCCCUGUUAAACCCUCGGAGUGUCAUAAUGUUCCUGUAGAUGUAGCAAAUGAAAUGACAGAGCAGGUGGUCGAGGAAUCUGUCAGGCCUAUUCCUUCAGCAAAGAAAACAUUGACCUUAGAAGAGGAAAAUAGACUUCUAAAAGAAGCAAGGCUGUGUAAGAUUUGUAUGGAUGCUGAAGUUGGUAUAGUGUUUUUACCAUGUGGACAUCUAGUUACUUGUGUAAAUUGUGCGCCAAAUCUUGAAGAUUGCCCUGUUUGUAGAUCUGCUAUAAAAGCUUCAGUCAGGACCUUCCUGGCAUAACAUUAAUAAGUAAAAGUUUUAAUUCAUGUUUGAAAAUGAUCACAUUUCAAAAUCUCUAUGUGGAAUGAGUCGCGAUAUUAAAAACAGUUAAUGUGUGGGUGCUACAUUGGAAUCCAAGUAUCGCUUUUUCUUCUUCUAAAGUUAAAAAAUGUGAUAUUCUGCAACAACCAUAAAAAUAUGUAACGGUAUACAACUAUGGAACUUAGAAACUUAAUCUGCCAUCUCACUGAUGAUCGAUGUUAUAAUUUACUACUAUUUAACACGUGUGCAGUGUGACCUUCUACUGAUUUGAUUUUCAUUGCUAAUCUUUUAUACUGAUUUAACAAAAGUUUUAUCACUACGUUUACACGUCCGCUAUAUGGCCUAAAAUAGUUAAAACGGUUUAUUGUAAAUCGAUUUUGUUAUAAUAAUUCACACAAUUGAAGUGGUGUAUAUCUUUUUGGAUCAUGUGAACUACUGUAGCAGCAGUAUUGCUAAGGGCUAGUCCUACACACAACUUUCAAGUUGUCUUGCAAGUUUUGUAAUUCAUACUUUAUAGUAUACUAGUCUAGACCCGCGGCUCCGCUCGCGUAGAAGUAGUGUAAAGUAUAGGCCAUCCAUUUUGCAUUAGUGUGAAGGAGAAGGGUUUCAGAGGAAGAAAUACAAUACUCAAUGAAAUCCAGUAACUACUUUGGCAAUUAACUAAAAUGUAUUAAAAUAUCCAUACUAGCCUCUGACCGCUUGAAUCUGCAGGUAUCUGUUUUUUUAUGAAACUUGUUAUUUAUGAAUGAUAAAUAAUAGUAGAAUAGAUAACAGCAUGGUUGCCUGGUCACAUUUCAUGAAGCCAUAUUUUGUUCCUAUGGACUUACUUUUUCAGUUGUUUGAACAAGUUAUUCAGGGUGGUCAUAACGCAAAAUGGACAAUUUCUCAAAAAAAAAAAUAGAUGUGCAUUUUCACACUCCUUGAUUCUCUUUACCAUAAGCUUUUUUUUGAUAUAAUGCUUUAGGUGUUUUGUAAUAAAGCGUUAAUUUCCGAUCACGUUUCGGGUCUUUACUUCCGCGGGACAAAAUGGUGGUACAUUCAUAUUUAUCAAUUUUUAUAACGUGCUAAACUCGAAACUUCAAAUUUUAAUAGAUAUUUUUUUAAAUUUCCUACUUUAUCACAUUUUCAGUAAAUAUUUUUUUUAAACCUAAUUUCUUCAUAAUUUUGCAAAAUGGUCACAUGUUUAGAAAACAAAUCUGAAAACAUGCUGUCGCUGUUUAUAAGCAACGUCCAUAAUCGUGCUGCUACUGUUUUACUGCUCUUUGUCUUUGUUAUUCCAAACGUAGUUGUUUCUAGAAAGGAAAGUCACAACUUUCAGAACACCCUGUAUACUUUGAAAAGCUUAGCGCUUCAUAGAUGGCACUGUAGCCACAUAUAUGCUUGUAUAUGCUCAUAUAGGCAGCGCCAUCUAUGAAUUACUAUCAUACAUAGCAUACAUAAUAAAUAGAGAAACAGCUGUUACAACUUCUCAUAGAUGACGGCUACAAUAUCUUAUUUUAUCUCGGAUAAUUUUCUAGGCUCAAGAAUAUGGCAUGAGGUUGGCUUUCUUCGGGUAGAAUAUGUUAAUUAAUGAUUGGAACACAUUUUUAACUACUAUUUAAAAACACGUAACCUAAGCCAUUACUGCCAGCGGGAGCUGGCAACCGCGCUCUUGCUAGCUUGACGCUGGCGGUGGAAUACUUAUCGCGAUAGAUUCCAUCGCAAAAUCGACCAUGAGUCCGCGGAUAAAACCAUGCCUACAACCUACAAGUGUACAAAUGUUUACGUCUCUCUCCGUAUUGUGGAUCAUGCGUGAUGCUGACAGACAGCAACAAAUAACAAUUAGGAGAAAAAAUAGUUACUAAGUCGGCGAGAUUGUUGCUGAAAUUGUUUUUAAACAACAGUGAACGAACAGUCGACGAAUAGAAAUAGAUCUUCGAAAGCUAGAGCUUAAGUUAUAAGAGUGUACUUCUGCAAUACUUUGCCUUCUACCCAAAGAAAUUCAAGGAUAUUUUCUCCUAACAUUUAAGGCAAUUAACUAUGAAUAAUAUAUAUAUACGUAUAUAUAUAUAUAUACGUAUAUAUAUAUAGGUAUAUAUAUCCGAUUUUAAUCUCCCAACCUAAAUAUUUCGAAAAUAAUGCAAUAGCAAAAAAGUUUUAAAUUUUAAAUGAAAGUUAUAGGGUUUCGAGGGGACAAAAUGAUGAGGAUCAUCACUACAAUGACUUGUCCGACAUUGGUUCAAAUAUUUUCAGAUGUUAUUCCCCCUCUUUCACAUCGGAAUUGAAAAGAGGAGCAAAUUUCACGUCUAAGGCCCGUAUCGUCAGUCGUCCCUACAAUUGUAGGGCGCCUUUAUGGCCUCCUUGAUUGUCAUAGUUUUCUACUUCUCCGUGUCAGCGCUCUAUUUUGAGGUUAUGUCACAAACAUCUAUUUGCAUCAAAUUGUGCUUGCUUUUGAGUUAUAUCAUGUUUUAUCAGCCUGAAAUUUCCUACAAUUUAAAAAGAAAACAUAUCUUCACAAUAGGAGAGCACUGGCGCUGACGCUGACACGGGACAAGUGUAAUCUAGAAAUUUUUUAAGGAGAGAAAGGAGUAUGACAAUCAAGGAGGCCAUAAAUGCGCCCUACAAUUAUUGUAGGGACGACUGACGAUACGGGCCUAAGUAUCACUUUGGCUAUGACCUUGACCGUUGCCUUCAAGGCCAUUUAAAAGUCAAAUCAAGACAUCGAGCAGAAUUUGCUAUAGCAAAAAUGUUCGACAGCACGGUUGUGAGGUUUAUCACCCGAAGGUGACCUUGACAGUGACCUUCAGUUAAGUCAAAAUUUUCAAAGGAUACCUCACAUUUUUUAUACUGGACAUGGAAAAAGCAGGAAAUUUCACGUGCGACUGGGAUUGACUUCAAAUAACAUUUAAGCUUGACGCAACCUUGACUUUAAGGUGAAGGUCACAUUAGGACGUAACAUUUCCUGCUUUUCCCAUUUCCAGUAUAAAAAUGAGAUGAUUGGAAAUUUUGACUUGGCCUUGAAGGUCAUUGUGGAUCAAGGUCACUUUUUGGUAAUCCUCACAAACCUUAUAACUAUACUGACGAACAUUUUUGCUAGAGCAAAUUUUUUUAACGCCUUGAUUGGACCUUGAAGAAAACGGUCGUAGCCAGGAUGAUGUUAGGACGUAAAAUUUGCUCAUCUUUUCAAUUGCGAUGUGAAAACCUUUCAUUUGAAAAUAUUCACUUGACCUUAAAAUAACCCUGAAGGUCAUAGCUAAGGCCAUUUUGCCUCCUCGAAACCCUACGGUUCUUGUUUGAAACUUUUUUCUAACAAUGAAUUUGGUCGGAAGAUUAAAAUGGGACGCAUAUCAACUAAAUCUGGACCUAAGCGAUUGACAUAGAUGGUUUAAGACUGUGUAAACGUAGUAGAUGAUUUCAGUAAUAAAAAUAUCUGUUCUAUAGAGGAGGCUAUGCUACACAUGAUGUCACUUAUCUCCCUUAUAUCUGAGUCAUUUAGGAAAUUGCUUUAAAGUUACUGGACGGCUCAUCAAUGAAUGAUUACCUACUGUACUUUAUUAUGUAAGUUAUUAGUCCUCAGAAUACCUUUGCAUCCGAAUGAAACCUUUAUAGUGAUGCUGCUAUUACGACUCUUGUUCCAAACAUAUCAAUAAAAAGUGUACUGGAAGUCAGUAGAGGUGUUUUAAAAUGUCGUGGGCCGUGACCGUUACAUUAUGUGGAUGCGCAGAAGACAGCUUUAGAGCGGUGGCAAGAAUAUUACCCUAAUCACAAACAUAGACUUGUUCGAGGCAGGGCACACUGGCACUCGGCUUUGAACAUCCAAGGGAGAACUAUCGGUACUCAUUGGCGUGCGCGUUACGAUUUUGUAUGUUGAAUUUCCUUUACGGUAGACCAGGGUUGUGAAUAUUGUUUUUUAUAUUCAAUAUGUGAGUGUAAAAGUUUCGGAGAUUGUAGAUGACUUAUUGUAUGAAACAGCGUUAGUAUUGAAGUUGGUAUUGUUCUUUUUCAUGUAUAAAGCUGAUAAACUGAGAUGUUACGUAUAUGUGUUUAAUUAUGUUAAUCAAAUGUUGCCCCUAGAUCGAGUGGAACGCAUUCACAUUUUAUUUGCGAACCUUUUCAGAGAAACAUGAACUCCAAUAUGAUAAUUUUUCUCAGAUCUAUGAUAAUAUUUUUUUCUUAAAAGGGAUAAGAACCAGCACAAGGUUGUUCAUAGCCGGGGCCAAGAGAUUGUAUAUGUUUUUCAAUUCAGCCGUGAAAAAGAGGCAGGGGAAGUCAUUUUACCUCUAAAUCAGCUCAUGAAUCGAGUAGCAGAGGCCACAGAUGUAUCACUCAAUACCGUCAAACGCAUUGUGAAAGCAGGUUCGAUCAAACCCACAGGCAAUAAAUGUGUCUCCCCAAGAAAAACUCUUUCUAAACCAAGUCCGAAAUCAACAGUGGACAGGUUUGAGGCAGAGAUAAGAAAAAUAAUUUAUAAAUUUGUCCAUAUUCAUAAGCGACGGCGUACCAUUAAGUCGUUUAUGAAGGUGCAAAAAGUGAUUGAGUAAACCUUUCGGGGAAAAUCGGAUCCUUCAGAAACAAAUUUCAUAAAUUAGUCUUUUGCUGGAAAAAAGUGGAAGAUAAUUGGAAACUAUUGAUUGGAAAACAAGACAUUGGUUUAAAACGAAUCGAGUUUUCAAGGAAAUUGAAGAAGUACAAGGAAAUCUUGUAUGUUAUGAUAUGAUUUCAGUCCAUUCAACAAUAUCGAUGUAUCAAAAAAUUGUCAUAAACCUUAUUAGAUGAGUUACUUUAUAUGUAUUUGAAAAUUUUUUUCGGACAUGUGACCAAAUAAAUCUAAAAUUUAAGAUUGAAGGUACAUGAAUGACCGCAAAAAUUAGUGUAUACUGUAUAUAACAAAAAUGUAUUGAAAAAUGAUUUCAAUGAAAGACCACAUACUUAACAAAUGAAGAUUUUUGUUUUCAAAAUAAUUUCCUUAAAGUUUUUAAAAGUAACAGUUUGCUCUAGAAGAAACCUUUUCGCAGGUAGGAACAUUGUAUACAACCACGAGACUUACAUUCACAGCUCUCAUACAGUGCCAAAGUCCUGGGACGAUGGGACUAAUACCUGUCUGCAAGCACCACUGGCCAAGGGAAAACGAUUAGUUGUGUUUCAUUGUGAGGGAAAAGGGUUUUGUACCGAAUGCAGAACUUCUCUUCAAAUCAGGUUUGAAAAGUGGUGAUUACCACCUUCUCAUACUGAAUAACCCAGUCUUACUUCUUCCAUAAUUGAUUUGUCAGCUACCAGCUAACUACGCUACUGAUUCCAUAACGCGCUACCCACGCGACGACGGCGAAACACACAUAAUGAGGAACGAUUAUAAGCCAGUUAUAUUAGCUCUAAGCACGUCAUUGAAUACUUAAAUAGUAGGGAAACAACGUUUCGUAAGGGAAUCAAAUUAAAUGAAUAUCAUUCUCAAUGUUCCGUUAAAAAAUACGCGUUCUGUAAUUAAUUUAUGUUGUAUCACCACACCAAAUUAUUUAAUAAACAGCAGUGUGACAAAAAUUACCGAAAUAAUUUGACUGACCUACAGCAGAUCUAGUAUCAGUUAUGUUUUUAGCAAUGCUUGUAUUGUGACGUGUCUGCUUCUCCACAGAUUUGAAUCCGUGCAUGUCGUCUAACGGUCAUGGCUCACCACGUUUUAAAACACCUCUACUGUCUGGAUAAUAUGCUCACCCGCAGGAAUUUUUCUCAGGGGGGGGGGGCAAAUCUUGAAAUCCCCAUAUUGUACACAAAAUCAUGCUAAAUAUGCAUACAAAUUUUAUGGUUUAACUGGAUUCUCAAUGCGCUCUCCCGCGGGCGCCCAUUUUGGAGAAGGUAUACCAGUGUCCAGUGAACAUAGACGAUACAUUUCAAGUUCGUCUGCAUUGACAAUGGCACAUACUUUAGAUCAUCUUGUUUAAAGAUGUAUGGGCUAACCAAAUGUAUUACCUGACGCUGUAUCAGAAAGUGAUACUGCCACUUCAUAAAUUAAUCCAUGAACGUUAUUCAAUAGCCGAGAAACUGUCAAACGGCUUGAAAAGUAGUAGAUCGAUAUUCACCAAAUUUUGAAAAUAGGACAAUAAUUGAUCAUUUCCGAUAAGGUGGUACUAACUGCUUUGCUGUCAGGUUUUUCUUUUUUUUUUUUUCAGAAACAACUACUUUUUUAAAUUUGAAUACAAUGCUAUUAUUUUUAUUAUCAUAUAUUAACCCUUUAACACUCCCCCCAGUAUGACCUCCAAAAUUUCAAACUAUCCAAACUACUUUUUUUUUAUACUCCAACUACCACGAAGGCCUAAGUCCUAAACACCCAUUGGGUACCGGGGGAAAGGGGGAACGCCACACGGACUCUGGCGAGGGAACACGUGUGCAUGCAACAUGCACACAUUCUGGCACCGCCUACGAGAUCGGCCGGGUGGCACCUUCGCGUUCGACAGUCAGAGACCGUCUACCACCUACGGACAAUCACAACAUCCAUAGCCAAGAGAAAAUUUUCUCCUGGAACGGGAUUCGAACCCGCACAGCGCACGGCGACUGAUCAGGAGACCGUAGAGUCUACUACUGCGGCCACCGCUGCUGACUAACGUAACGUAGACCAGAGAGUGAUGGAGAUAUGAUAACAUCUUUGGAACUACUGAAUUGAUAUACAUCUAAUUUCAACCAGGGAAAGAAUCAAACAUUCGAGGUGGCAAUAAUUUAAGUACAGUGAUGCCUUUUUAUUCGCAUAUAUUAACCCUCUGGUGUCCCCUAGUAGCAAGACUCUAUCUAACAUGCUUAUGAAAAUAUGACCAAUAGCCGUAGGUAGCACUGUCUCUAAAUAAAUAAUAAAUCUGAUAAAAUUUAGUAGAUCCCAGUCCAGUGAUUUCCUAGAUAUCCCAUAUACUUUCAAUCACCAGUGGGUCGAGUAGGUGAAGUUCUGAUGUUUGGAAACUACACUUAAGUAUUGUAUUGACUAAAUAAUUGAUCUGUCCACAGCACGGUUAUUAAUUCCUGAUACUUAAUGAUUGAUGAUCCACAUGCUUAAAAUUUAGUAGAUAUCGGAGUAGUACGUGCCGACAUACUGGACCUUUUCUAUUCUUUUGACAUCGUCGUCAUAAGUAAGCUGGAUGGAGUUAGUAGAUUAUGCGGUUGUAUUCGAAUUUAAAAAAAGUAGUGUUGUUUCGAGUAUUACCCUGUUCAAAAUUUGGUCCAUUACUUCCCAAGAUUUUUGACCAUUUUCAGGCAUUCGAAUGGUCGUUGGUUACAUCAUGUAUGAGUUUUUGGUAAUGAGAUCUGCGUAAAUAUUAACACUUCGUUUAUAUUGUGUCAAGCUUGGUGUAAUAUUUAUUCUACGAAAGUCUACACUACAAACUGAUUUUAACGUGAUAUUAUUACAAUGCUGUGACAGUGUAGUUUUGACGUGGCGUUAAGUAUGUGUUGUCUGGCUAUAUGUUUCUUUCUUUAACUAUUCUGAUAAAAUAUGGGAGCCCUACAUCUAGGUCAUAUCUUUACAUAGUUCCUGAGUACCUAUAUUACAUACAACUCUUACAUUUAUUUUGAAAAGGUUUGAAAAAAUUUGAAGCAGUUUAUCAAAGAUAUGAAAAAAGUCUUCACAAAUACCUUUAAACUCCUUUCCACGAAGUUUUCCAAUUAUCAUUAAAGAUACAAGUUUCAAUUGCCAGUAAGUAUAUGUAUAUCCUACAGGGUAUGAAAUAUGUUUUAGGAGAAAUAAAUCUGUAAGGCUGUGUGGUAUCGUGCAUGAAUGCAUGACGGUUGAUAGGUAUGGUAUAUUUAAAUGUUACGUUGUAUUCUGUUGUUUGUUCUAGUAAUUCUAUUACAAAAUCUGAAUCCCGUUAAUGGUCUAAUAAAUGUUCUGUAUCCAAAUAAUUAUUUUAUUGCAAACUGUUUGAGCUCACUUUACCUAAGUCACUUCAGUCUUCAUUGCGUUGCUAACAUAACAA